GCUCCCAGUACAACAGAGCGUGCGCGCUUUUUGUUUAGCCAACUGUAAACUCCGUACGACUCAAGUUUACUCCCUUGAACUCUUCUUGAGUACCAAUACGUGUGCAGCUAGACAAAGAGGACUGCAUAAGGAAACUGUGGUUGAAGUCAGAGUGAUCUGGGAAGUGAUGUGGCUUAUGUUUGAAGAGCGAUGUAUCCGCUAUAUUCGCACCUGUCGCACACGUGAUCUGAUAGGACAAAAGUAGUGAAGUGUUGGGAACUAGUUAUCUGUGUUAACACAUAGUAAACAUCCUUCCGCAUGGCACGAGCUGAUUAAUGAAGAAAUAACGGGCUCGCGGGCUGCUGUAGGCCUCUCCGCCAAACUCGCGCCCACUAGCCACACGCACGCUUCUUUUUUUUUUUUUUUUCAUUUUAUAGGAGAAAUGGGUCUUAUUUUCGCCAAACUGUGGAGUUUCUUCUGUAAUCAAGAGCACAAGGUGAUUAUAGUGGGGCUGGACAAUGCUGGGAAGACCACUAUACUUUAUCAAUUUUUAAUGAAUGAGGUGGUGCACACAUCUCCUACGAUUGGCAGUAAUGUAGAGGAAAUAGUGGUAAAGAAAACUCACUUCCUAAUGUGGGAUAUUGGUGGUCAGGAAAGUCUCCGCUCCUCUUGGAACACGUACUACUCCAACACUGAGUUCAUCAUACUGGUAGUGGACAGUACUGACCAAGAGAGACUAGCCAUUUCUAAAGAAGAGCUCUACAAAAUGCUUGCCCAUGAGGAUUUGCGCAAAGCUGCAGUGUUGAUCUUUGCUAAUAAGCAAGACAUGAAGGGUUGUAUGUCUGCAGCAGAGAUUUCCAAAUACCUGACCCUCAGCGCCAUCAAGGAUCAUCCCUGGCACAUUCAGUCCUGCUGUGCGCUCACUGGAGAAGGGUAUGAUUGUUGCUCCAUAUACAAGAUUAAUGAUGCUGUUCUGAUGCUAUAAAAUGAUUAGUAAGGCUGGGUACAAGUAAGGCAUUUCGAUACAAAUUUCCUGAUUCGUUAGAUUAUAGUUCACUAGCUCUCUUUACGAUGUUGAUUCAAUUUUAUUUGAUGCUGUCUAGUUUAGAUAUAUUUCUGCUAUAAUGUUCAUUUGCUUGCAUAUGACAGCAGUUUGACGAUUCACAAUGCCAAUUUCAAUAACAAAUACUUGCUAUUCGAACACAUCGUUUCUAGUUUAAGUAAUUAUUCAAGACAAGUAAACGGUCAGAAAAAAGCAAACAAAACACAAUUACAAGCAAUAUAACAAAUACAAGAACAAUACAAGAAGGAAACCGAUUAAGCUGUUUAUGUUUACUUUAAAGUUUAAACAUUAUUGACUGUGUUUAUAUUAAUACCUCAUCAAGACGGGCAUUUUCUUUAUUUCGUUUUCCUUACCCCUUUUUUCCCCAAUAUGGAAUGCCCAAUGCGCUCUAUGUCCUCGUGGUGUCAUAGUGACUCGCCUCAAUCCAGGUGGCGGAGGACGAAUAUCAGUUGCCUCCGCGUCUGAGACCGUCAAUCUGCGCAUUUUAUCACGUGGCUUGUUGAGCGUGUUACUGCGGAGACAUAGCACGUGUGGAGGCUUCACGCUAUUUUCCACGGCAUCCACUCACAACUCACCACGCGCCCCACCGAGAAUGAGAACCACACGUUAUUCUCUACCCUCCCUAGCAACCGGGCAAAUUUGUUUGCUUAAGAGACCUGGCUAGAGUCACUCAGCUUGACCUGGAUUUGAACUUGUGACUCCAGGGGUGGUAAGACGGGCAUUUUCAAAGAAUUUUGCAUAUUUUACCGUGUAGCCUCAUUACCACCAAUUCUGCAAGCUCACAGAAAGCAAAACAGCACAUAAGGACCAGAAAGAGUAAAUAAAAGGUGAUCUUUAUGGAUCAACCAGUGGUUGCCUUGAGAUCGACUGGAUGAAAGUGAUCUAUGUAUUGAGCGUCCUUGCAUAAAGUUAAAAACUUGAUCACAACAUUUUAAGAAUCGAUAACGGGAUUGUUUGAAUGAUCACAAUUAAUUCAAGAUAAAAAUUUUUUCACCAAGCCUUAGGGUUAGGUUUUUGAAGUUUAAUUUUUCACUUAAACUCAAGAAAAGUGAUGUUCUUAUAAGAAUCCACUAAAUGGGCAACACUACAGUUCGUAAAGGGUUUGUACACCCAAAAAUGCACGUUCAUGAGAGAGUCGAGUUCUGGCUUAUGACGUAGGGGUAGCGUAAGCUCUGGUGAGAAGUGACGAACGCGGUAACACAGAGGAUAAAGGAAGCUUUAUCCUCUUAGAAGGCCUUUAUUAACCCACUAGAGGCGUAUGAAUUACUUUUUUGAUUGAUGAAUGCGCUUUUUUGAGCUUCAAAAUCUAAGGUACCAUUCACUCCCAUUAUAAAGCUUGGAAGAGUCCGGAUAUUUUUUAAUAUAACUCAGAUUAUAUUUGUCUAAAAGAAGAAAGUCAUAUACACCUAGGAUGGCUUGAGGGUGAGUAAAUUAUGGGAUAAUUUUCAUUUUUGGAUGUACUAACCCUUUAACCUACAGUCCAACACCUUCUCUUUGUGUCGUUUCAGGCUGUGUCAGGGUUUAGAGUGGAUGACCUCAAGGGCUGGACUCAGAUAGCCACCAAUUCUCUUUGGACUGAUAAAUGGUUCCCGCCAUCCCUGGUGGAAUUGCAGGCUCAUCCCUUUGGCUGCUGAUGUUUUAAAUUUGUAUCUCUUGAUGGCACUAUGCAGCUGAACUUUCUGGACACCUACCUCAGCUGGGAUUUUUGGGUUAAUUGAAUCUGGUUUGACAAACUCUUUGAUCAAUACUAUUUCAGGAGCAACUGGAUUUUUUUACUGGGUGCAUAAGAGGAGAAAUUCAAAGACUUAAGUAUAUCACUACGGAAAGGCUCUACGGAGGAAAUGUUUGUGUGUUUUUAACACUGGCAGUGGGCAGAUGUUCUCUGGCUUGGUAUAUUAAGCUAAUAUUGUUGAAUGUUUUCCUUUCAAUUCAAUGGGGAAGAUAUGAUACAUGUUACAUUUUCACAUGGGUAAAACAUUAGGUCAUUUGUUGUCAUUUGUAUGUUUUCAGUUAACCUGUAACAUCAAGUGUUAAAGUGCCAUUGGUACCCACCAACACCUCUACAUAUCAUGAAAAUAUCUUAAGCAUAUCAGAUCAAUUGGUACAUAUUACCUCCGUUAUGCGUAUAUUAAAGGGUGCUGUUACAAUUUGAAACGUUGCUAUUACAGCUUGAAACGUAAUUUAUGUGUGAUUCGAUUUAAAGAAUGGUAUUCUUUGUUUUUACUUAAAGAUAAGGCAGUGUGGCCACUUGUCUAUCAUGCGUGUUGUUUUUGAUGAAACGGCACAUGCUAGAUUGGAGCAGUGUAUGCGAACGUAUUUAAUUUUUUGUUACAGAUGUGUGGGUGAUGUUGAGUAUGUGAGAUUGCAUCCAAUAUUUUUACUCGCUGCUUUUAAAAGUCACAUGGCUCAUCACUGCAGAUGAAAUGGCAUGUUUUUGUCUGUGUGUGUUCAUUUGAAAUAACCAUGCUCCUCACUGGAGUGGAGUUUUAUUGUAAAGGUAAUUCAGUUACCAUGAGGAAGUAAUGUUUAAGAGUAACUCUGUGAUGAAACUACCAUUAUUAUAAUUUUAGACACUUUUUGUUUUUUCUUACCCCCCCCCCACUCCCACCCCUUUUUGGUGCAAAUAAUAUUUUCUGAUGUCUUCACAAGUCAACCAGCUUUAACAUGUUGUAUGUGUUUAUGAGAAUGUCUGUUGCUAUAUGAGUGGUAGUGUUUUUUUUUUUUUUUUUUUUCAAUUAAUCUAUUUUGUAUCCUCUGAUGUUUUCGUAUGAGCACUAUAAUUUCUCAUGGUGAUUUUGCCAAAAUGCUUUCAUGGUCUUGGCUGAAAACUGCUUUGUGUUUGGUUGAUUUUUCCAUUCUUUUCAUGCGCUUUAGUAAGUGGAAUUCUUGCAAGUCCUGAAUACAGUGACUACAAAUUGGUGCUCUCACAGACAUUUCUCUCGCAACAGUUGAAUCUCUUUGCAUAAUUAUUAUUGUCUACUAAUCUAGGCAGAUCAGUUCCAUGAAUCUCUCUCUCUCUACAUACAUUUAUGUUGGGGGUCUUUGGGGUAUUACACAUUACCUUCCUGUUGUGGAUGGCUGUUCAAUUUUCAUAUAAUAAUAAUAAUAAUAAUAAUAGAAUUUGUACAUGGUGGCUUUUCAGAUUGGAAAAGGAAUUGGAGGAAACAACCAAUGAAAUGAAUUUUGGCUUUGACCAUUAUCAAAAAGAAGAAAAAAAGGAGUUGUUGUAUUCAUAUUUAUGUGAACUCUAAUCUGAGAUCAAGCCAGUUUGUGUUUGCUUUUCCCUGUCUAAAGCAGUAUGCAUAUACCAGUGCACACCAUUACAAACUACAAUUACAAAGAUUUUCUGCAACAUGUUGAACAGGGAGUACAAACGUGUCUUACCCAGCAGAAUGGGAAUAAUGUAUUGCUGCAAAAGGGUUCAAAUAAAUGUAAAUUUCUGCAUCACUGCUCAAGUUCAAGGUCAAAACAUUCAAUUCUCAGAUGUGCCAUUUAUAACUGAGCAGGUGAAAUCUGUAGCAAAUUUCCUAAUUCUUAUAGUUUUAUAAUAAAUGCUUUUAUUUUUAAAUCUGAAAUGUUUGUUGCAUUAUUUGUUGGUCAUUGUUUUUUCUGUUAAUCACUCCUGUUUAGAAGUAGACCUCUAAAAUUAUUGUUAGAAGGAUGUUCAUAAAAUGCAAACGUUCAUAUCUGUUCUGCUUUUGUGAUUUUUAUUAAGCAUAUUCUAUUUUCAGGUUAUCGUGAAAAAAAAAAAACGUGCAUUUGCCUUUUUGUAAACAUUUGGAGACUUUCCAAGCUUUGAUCUAUUUCCAUGAAUUCUGUUUGCUAGUUAGUUGAUGAUGGUGUGCUUUCAACUGUGAAAGGAAUUGAUUCUGAUGCAAAUUAUCCAGAUGUUGAUGCAAAACAUGUGUUGUGGGAUUUAUGGCAUUUUUUUUAUUAUGCUAUAUCAAGAAAUUGCAACUAUAAUGUAAAAAUAAUUACUUUUUUCCACUCCGCAAUUAGGAAUGCCCAAUGCGCUCCAAGUCCUCAUUGUGGCAUAGUGACUUGCCUCAAUUUCAGUGGUGGAGGACGAAUCUCAGUUGCCUCCACAUGUGAGACUGUCAAUCUGCACAUUUUACCACAUGGUUUGCUGAGCACAUUUCUGCGGAGACAUAGCACGUGUGGAGGCUUCACACUAUUCUCCGGCAUCCACACACAACUCCCCACGCACCCCUCCGAGAGCGAGAACUAAACAUACUCUACCCUCCCUAGCAACUGGGCCAAUUUGGUUGAUUAGGAGACCUGACGGGAGUCACUUAGCAUGACCUGAAAUUGAACUCGUGACUCCAGGGGUGGUAGUCCGUGCCAAUACUCACUGAUCUACCCAGGCCCUGUAUCGCCCACUCUUGAAGCAAACAUCACUUUAUUGAUUUGGGAAUGUUUGGCUUAUUUUUGUUUUGUAAUUGGCAGUCCUCAGAAGUUAUAAAAAGACAUCCAAGAUUUGGUGUUACCAAACAGUAUUAACUAUUGUGCUCACUUGCAGAUCUUCUGAUUUCUUCUAUAAAGCCUUUAAAAUGCAUCCAGAUUCCAGAAUUU